GAUGGGAAGAAACAAACGGAUAUGCUCCACCUAGAAAUCCAUUCCCAGUGAAGAGAAGUUGGUGACUGGUAGUCUCCAGGCAGUGUGUGGUCUCGAGCCGAGGGAUUCCCAGAUCCCAGCCAUCACUUCAGCCAUGGCCCGAGCCAAUGUAUGGAACCGUCUCAAAUCUUGGUGGAAAAAAGAUGAUACGCAUCCGUUUCUAAAUGAUACCAGCGCCUUUGACUUCUCGGAUGAAGUAGGGGAUGAGGAUUUCCCCAGGUUUAAUAAACUAAGAGUUGUAGUUGCUGAUGAUGGCCUGGAGACCCCAGAAACUAUUAAUGGGACCCACCUGGCCUUCCAGGCAGAUGAUGAUUCCUUACUGGAUCAGGACGGACCUUUACCCAACAGCCAGCUGGGUUUCAAAGUAGACCCUUGUGACAAUUGCCGGAAACAGAGAGAGUUACUGAAACUGAGGAAGGUGAAAACUAGACUCACCAUAGCGGGUGUUCUUUAUCUGCUCUUCAUGAUUGGUGAACUUGUGGGUGGCUAUAUCGCAAAUAGUCUAGCAAUCAUGACGGAUGCACUUCACAUGUUAACUGACCUCAGUGCCAUCAUACUUACCCUUUUUGCUUUGUGGCUCUCAGCAAAAUCACCAACCAAAAGAUUCACCUUUGGAUUUCAUCGUUUAGAGGUCUUGUCAGCUAUGAUUAGUGUUCUCUUGGUCUAUAUACUUAUGGGAUUCCUCUUGUAUGAAGCUGUGCAAAGAACCAUCCAUAUGAACUAUGAAAUCAAUGGAGAUAUAAUGCUCAUAACUGCAGCCAUUGGAGUUGCAGUUAAUGUAAUAAUGGGAUUUCUGUUGAAUCAGUCUGGUCACCAUCACUCCCAUUCCCACUCCCCUCCGCCAAACUCUCCUACCACAGGUCCUGGGCAUGGGCACGGGCAUGGGCACGGGCAUAACCAGGGAAGUGACAGCCUUGCAGUGAGGGCGGCAUUUGUUCAUGCCCUGGGAGACUUGGUGCAAAGCAUCGGAGUGCUGGUGGCUGCCUACAUCAUUCGAUUCAAGCCAGAAUACAAGAUUGCCGAUCCCAUCUGUACUUACAUAUUCUCGUUACUUGUGGCUUUUACAACAUUUAGAAUCAUUUGGGACACAAUAGUCAUUAUAUUGGAAGGGGUGCCAAGUCAUUUGAAUGUAGACUAUAUCAAAGAAGCUUUGAUGAAAAUAGAAGAUGUUCAUUCAGUAGAAGAUAUAAAUCUUUGGUCUCUCACUUCAGGAAAAACGACUGCCGUUGUCCACUUACAGCUAGCACCAGGCAGUUCAUCUGAAUGGGAAGAAGUACAGUCAAAGGCCAGGCACCUGCUGAUGAACACUUUUGGGGUCUACAAAUGCUCCAUCCAGCUUCAGAGUUACAGGCAAGAAGCAAACAAAACUUGCGGAGGUUGCCGUAGUGCCAGUGCCUAAUACCACGCUUUGGGAACUACAGCCUUAUUUAUCGUGCAAACACUAGCGAGCAGCAAUAAGUGACCAUGUGAAUGAGCGACUGGGAUCCCUGACAACUCAACCCGAGUCAAGAAGGAACACAGUCCACAAGGACUCCAUUGUAGGCCCUUAGAAGAGCUUCAAUGGCAUGUAGCCUGGGAGAGGUCAACAUUAAAUGAUCGUUUUACUAUGAUUUUCAGACAGGGAUGUUACCAAAAUAUUGUUUACAGAAUGAGAUGUGACUCUGCAGAUACCUCGUAGACAAAACUUAAAGAUUCCCUUGGUUACUUUUAUCAUGUAGGAACAUAGGCUUUAAGGAAGAACCCAGAAUUCAGUACUUGCAUUUUUUUUUUUAAAGAAACUUUUAAAAGCCAAAUUACUUUGAGCAUCAAAAAAGGUUAAAGCACUGAAUUUUUUAAACUAUGUUGGCUCAGUGGGAUGAACUGGGGUCACUUAAAAAAAAUCCUCAAGGUUUUAAGAGGUUCUGGAAAAUAUCAAGAAAUAGAAGCAAAUGCAUAUUCCCAAGUGUUUCAUAAAUGUUUUCCUUUAUAAAUAAUACAGAAUGUCAUCGGUCUGUUUCUGCCUUAUAACUUUAUUUUUUUCCAGAUGUAGAAAACCGGGCUUUGAAUCUCAAGGCAUAACAUGUUUUAAUUAUUUGUAAAGCAGAGCCAACCACACUUUGACAUGAUUUGUUGAUUGUUGUCAUUAAGAUCAUUUAGGAAGUAUUUCUAGUGUUAUUCUGCAUUAGGGAAAUUAUAGUUUUAAACUCUGAUCAUUUAAUUUGAAAUAAUAAGGGACAGGAGGAUGGUGCUGGAAGUUUAGUUACUCUUUUGUUAAGUGAAUUAAAUUUGGAUGAAGGUAAAAACUGAACCAGUGAUUCACUGCCCCUUUCAUUCCAUACAUCCCAUUUGUUGGUUCCUACCUACUUAAAUGUGGGGUAAGUAUAUAACCUAUCUAAUGGCCCUUUCAAAAUAAAACUGGGACUCAGAGUGGCACACACACCCUUCCCACCUAUGUGGAUUAAUAACCACAUUCUCCCAGAAUUGGGGUCUGCCUUUGAGAAAUGGGCCAAUAUGUUAAAAAUCAGGGAUUCUCCAUGGUAGAUAGAUGCCUUGAAGCAAAAAUGAGUGCUGUGUGUGGGAAAGAUUUUGUGAAGAUCACUGCCAAGUUGCAUGUUUUUGGAAGCUCUCAGGUGAUGGUUGUUAGCCUCGAGUCAGGAAAAAAAAGGACAGCACCAGAGAAUGUAGAACUAAAGGCAGUCUGACCAUAGCUUGGGGACUGUACAAUUUAGACAAAAAGUAAAGACAAGGCUCAGAAUUCACAGAGUGUUGGCUCAUUUGGGAGACAUUGAGAACUGGGUCAAGGAGGCAAACACAGGGCCAAGCUUCUAGCUCCUGGAAGGAAAUAGGAAAGGAAAUAAGCAUUUAUCCAGCACCUGCCAUGUUCCCAGGUACUGUGCUUAGCACCCAGCCUUAUGAGAAUCUACAUUGUAAAUCCAGUUUCAUUUGGGAGAAGUAGUAUACUCUCCUCUCAGGGUACCAGAUUCUAAAGUAACGAACUCCUCAGCAAGCUACAGAUCCCAGAUCCUGGUCCUUAGAAAUUCCCUCUAGGAACAAAGAUUAGAAUUGUAUCUUAACUAGUUCCUCACUUUAAACAAACUCCAAAUUUCAAAAUAUGGUUUAGGUGAAGAAGAUUUCAGAAUAUGAGGCCUAGCAAUAGAAAUCAAUUAAACUGCACAAAUUGGGGGGGGGGGUAUUCCUGCAUAUAGGAGGUGGCUAGUGGUAACCAGAGUAUUUGAAUGGAUAGUUCCACACUUGGGGGUUAUCUGUGCCAUGCCGCAAGGUUUUUCCAGCUUCAUUGAGUGGCUUCUGAUAAAAGGUGGUGGCAUCCUCUGUCCUAUCUGUGUUGCUUGUACUGCUUAAUUAUAGUCUUCCUUUUAACCUGCUUAGGAGUAUCUGGCUUUUCACUGUAGAUUUUCUCUUGAAGGAGGUGUGUACAAGGACUUUUUUUUGGGGGGGGCAGGGUAAUGAGGGUUAAGUGACUUGCCCAGGGUCACACAGCUAGUAAGUGUCAAGUGUCUGAGGCCAGAUUUGAACUCAGGUCCUCCUGAAUUCAGGGCCGGUGCUUUAUCCACUGUGCCACCUAGCUGCCCCCCACAAGGACUUUUAAAAUGCACAGAGGGGUCUUGUCAUGGUGAGCUUUUGUAAAAUUGGAAAUUGCCUAUUUUGUUUUGAAAAUCAAUCUUGAUACUGUCUAAAUUGGAGCACACCUGAUUUCUGCUGUGACCUUUUUUUGCAUACAAGGACAAUGCAUUUUAUGAUUAAUUCAUAUCCUGGAAUGAUGACUUUCUGUAACAUAGAAAAGCUCACUUUAGGAAAGUAAAUUAAUGACUUUAUGUGAGGUAUGCAGUGCCAACUGACAUCAGAUAGAAUAUUGGGGAAUUUAUUUGAAUAGGGCAAUGGAUGGAUAUAAGUGGCGCCCCCCCCCCAUCCAUAUAAUAGGCAGUACAGACUAGCCUUUAUUGCCUUGCAAUACAGUGGCUAAGUUGGAUCCACACAGUGUUGAUAAGAUUGCCCUACAUAUAAGCUUUAUUUGAUCUAAUUCAUUAAAUAUCCUGGGAUUUGGAAGAGUUUUUGAAGAUAAUUUUUGUAGCUCAGAGCAGGCCUCCUGUUUUGAGUAAGGUAUUUCUUAUUUCAUUGAUGCUGCUUUUUACUUGGACAUAAGAUGGAGGGGUGUCUGAUGUAUAAUGGGGUGUGUUUGUGAGGGUUUUGAAGAACAGGGCUGUUGCAAUUUCUGCCAUUCUGUUGCAAAGUGUUUCUAUGACUACAGUCAUCAUUUUUAUGUAAAACUACACUUUGUUUUUGAAGAACAGCAUACCAUAUUGUUUCUUUGCCACAUCACUGAAUUGGCUUUUGUAUUCUUUUUACUUUGCUGUGGAUCUUCUGAAAGACAGUUUUCACUUUAAUGCUCCUCAACAUCUUUCUUUCCUGCGGGCUCUUCCCUGGCCCCUUCAGGCCCACCAGUUCUAAAGUCUUUCAUGGGGUUUUUUCAGAUAGACUUGGACAUGGUAUAAGCCUUUUCUAGACACUGGAGAAUGAGAGAAGAGAUUUCCUCACCAUUAAUGUCUUUCACAGCCUUAACACCACUAUUAGAAAUGUAUUUCCAGGUUAGGUGGACCAGAAUUCUGUUCAAUAUUCCCAACCUACGCCACCUGUGAAUAGUAGACUUCCUCAGUAGCAUAAGUGUAGUUGGGAUUGACAGACAGUGAAGUUUCCUUCAGGGUCAAACAAGAUGAUGAGUUAUUUUUAGAAGACAAACAACUGACGUGUUUCUUUGGAAGACAGAAAUGGUUCAUGAUUAUUCAGUUAUGAAUAUAUAUGUGGUUUUCCAGACUCCCAUCGCCCUAUUAUAUUUAUUGAUUCUUAAUUAAAGAGAGGCAAGGCUGGCCUUUAGAACCUAGAAAAGCCCUCGUUCUAACACAUUCUAGUUAUAUGACUAUGGGAAAUCACUUCAACUUUCACUGCCCCCAGGCAGUGAAAAUAUAAACUACCACUGAGUUGCAUAAAUGGAGGGAGUUUUCCACGACAGGAACUCUUUUCUCUGAUGAAAUAGUGGGCGUGGAUCAGCAAACUAUUAUGGAGAAGCUCAAACACUUGAUGUGUUCUAGACAAUUAAGGUUUUGAACUCAAGCUUAUUUCUGACAUGUAGGACAAUCAGACUAAGGAAUGAAUGCCAAUUAUUAGCUAUUUAAUUGCAUUUAACUGCCAGCAGAGCCAAAUGAGCAUCAGUCAUAAUAGGACAGAGGUACCUCCUUAGAUGCUGUAUGGGGGAGCUGUGGGCUUUAUCACGGGGCCUUGUUUUUUGAUUAAUUAACGCACAAUUGUAGGAAGGAGCAAAGUCAUUGGUUUUCAAAUUAUGUAUCCAGCCCAAUGUAUCUAGACAAAAUACACCUCAUUCCUACUGCAGGCCUGCCUUGUGACUCCAGCCAGCCACUGCUUCCAAUAUCUCUUACAGAUUCCAUUCUGUAAAUAGUCACUGGUCUUUUCAAGAACUUGACAUGUGAGCUAGAGAAAGGGUUAUGGGGAUCUAUCUCUUUGUUUGACGUCCUGCGUGUCAAGUAGCUGUUCUGAAUUAGAUGGCUUUAUCAAGCCAAGUGUUCUACAUACUCUUGCAGAUGUACAAUUAGGACCAAUAAAUCUGAGUUGUCAAAUUUUGAGAUUGGUAAUUAUUCAAGAGAAUUUCUCAGUUUGUGACAGUGUUAAAUUAGAAUAUUUUAGUACAUUUUGAAUUUAUCGCAACACGAAAUUAGAAUGUUUGGGUUGGGACCUUUGCAGGCAAGAGAGAAGUUUAGUGGCUUUGGGAAGCUUUUAAUGCUUCGUUUUCAAAGUAUAUCAUUCAAUAAGCCAUAUCACAGUUUGAUGGAACUGUGUUUAUACUUUCAGAAACUGGGUAUUUUGCACAUAAUCAGUUAUAGAAGGAUUUAUUUGAAACAGGGGUUUGUCCGUGUAAUUGGAGAUCAAAGUAUGAUAUAUAUUUACUGUAUUUGAAAUUUUUAAAACUGUAAUUUCCAAAACAUUUAUUAAAAUAAACCACAUGGCAAAAGAACUUUUCCUUUAUUAAAC